CGGGGGCCUCACGGCCCCACCGGGCCCGGGCCGGGGCUGCGGCGGGAGCCACCGCCGUCCCGCGCCGCCGCCUCACGUGUCCCCCUCCCCUCCCCGCCUCCCGCCUCCGCCCCUUCACCUGCCGCAGCACUGCCGCGGAGCCUUCCGACUUCCCGUAAAGAGUCCGCGCCUGCCGCCCGCUCCGGAACCGUCGUCUCGCUGCUCCUCGCUCUGCCGCCACCCCGUUACCACCGCUGAGGUGCCCAAGAAACGACAGGGGCGAUCGCCGCACCCCUCCGUUUCUCCCUUCCCCUCACCCGCCGGUUCGGUCCGGCCUUUUCCCCCCCACUCCCCCCUUCCGCGGAUCCUUCCGCGCCGCGCUCCGCUCCCUCCGCCCCGCUCGCACUGUUUGGGAGCAACCGGCCGAGCCAGCGGCGCCCCGGUCCCGCCAGCGCAGCGAGGCCUCCCGCGGACCGGCCCUCGCCCAACCCCGGCGCGCACCCCCGGCCCUCUCCCUAUUCGUCAUGUCCCUCAAGCAAGCGGCGGCGGCAGCUCAGGCCGCCGGCAACAACCGCAAGCCCCCCGGCAGCAGCGGCGGCGGCGGCGGCCCUGGCCUCCCGUCAGCUGCAGGCGGCGGGAGGCAGAACAUGGGCAGAGGUCGCAGCAGUGGCAAAGGACCACCUCAGCCUACAAUUUCUUUUGAUGGCAUCUAUGCAAACAUGAGAAUGGUUCACAUCCUUACAUCAGUUGUUGGAUCCAAAUGUGAAGUACAGGUGAAAAAUGGUGGCAUAUAUGAAGGAGUUUUUAAAACCUACAGUCCUAAGUGUGAUUUAGUGCUUGAUGCUGCUCAUCGGAAAACUGCAGAAUCCAGUUUGGGGCCAAAACGUGAAGACAUUCUAGAGAGUAUCUUGUUCAAGUCUUCAGACUUUGUUAUGGUGCAUUUUAAGGAUAUGGAUACCAAUUAUGCCAGAAGAGAUGCUUUUACUGAUUCAGCCAUCAGUGCUAAGGUAAAUGGAGAACACAAGGAGAAGGAUCUUGAACCAUGGGAUGGAGGAGAGACCACCGCUACCGAGGAGCUUGAGGCAUUAGAGACAGAUGUUUCAAAUGGAUGGGAUCCCAAUGACAUGUUUCGUUACAAUGAAGAAAAUUAUGGUGUAGUAUCAACUUAUGACAGCAGUUUAUCUUCUUAUACGGUGCCAUUAGAAAGAGAUAAUUCAGAAGAGUUUUUAAAACGGGAAGCCAGAGCAACUCAAUUAGCAGAGGAAAUUGAAUCAAGUGCCCAAUACAAAGCUCGGGUUGCCUUGGAAAAUGAUGAAAGAACAGAAGAAGAAAAAUAUACUGCUGUUCAGAGAAAUGCUAAUGAAAGAGAAGGACAUGGUGUGAACACUAGAGAAAAUAAAUACAUUCCACCUGGACAGAGGAAUAGAGAUGUCCUGUCCUGGGGAAGUGGAAGACAAAACUCACCACGGAUGGGCCAGUCUGGAUCAGGCCCUCCAAUUUCAAGGUCUGGAUCCCAUACUUCAGAAUUCAGUCCUAACUCUGGAGCAGAUCAAAGAGUAGUUAACGGAGGUGUUCCCUGGCCAUCGCCUUGCCCAUCUCCUUCCUCUCGCCCACCUUCUCGCUACCAGUCAGGUCCCAACUCUCUUCCACCUCGGGCAGCCACCCCUACACGGCCGCCCUCCAGGCCCCCCUCGCGGCCCUCCAGGCCCCCGUCUCACCCCUCUGCUCAUGGUUCUCCAGCUACUGUCUCUACUAUGCCUAAACGCAUGUCUUCAGAAGGGCCUCCACGGAUGUCUCCUAAGGCACAACGGAACCCUCGAGGUCACAGAGUCUCUACUGGUAGGGGUACAAUUUCAAGUGGCUUAGAAUUUGUAUCUCAUAAUGCACCAGGGGAAGCAUCUACUACUGCAGUGGCACGAGGCAGCCCUUCAGGUGGGACGUGGUCAUCAGUUGUCAGUGGGGUUCCAAGAUUAUCCCCCAAAACACACAGGCCUAGGUCUCCAAGGCAGAGCAGCACUCCCACGGGACCAGCUCUGCCUUCUCCUCAGCCUGGUACUAUUCCCACUGAAUCUGUUGCCAUGCCUGUUCCAGCUGCCUCUCCUACACCUGCCAGCCCUGCAUCCAACAGAGCUGUCACUCCUUCCAGUGAAGCUAAAGAUACUAGGCUUCAGGACCAGAGGCAAAAUUCUGCAGCUGGAAACAAGGAGAAUAUAAAACCAAGUGAGACUUCUCCUAGUUUUCCUAAACCUGAAAGCAAAGGUGUAUCUCCAAUUGUUUCAGAACAUAGAAAACAGAUUGAUGAUUUAAAGAAGUUUAAGAAUGACUUUAGGUUACAGUCGAGUUCCUCCUCAGAUGCAGUGGAUCAGCUGCUAAACAAAACUCGAGAAGGUGAAAAAUCAAGAGAUGUAGUUAAAGAAAAGACAGAAUCAACCCCUAAAGAAUCUAUCAUAGAAACUGGCAGUAAUACUAACUCCAAUGGUGGCAGUAGCAAACCUAACAGCCCAAGUAUUUCUCCUUCAAUAAGUAAUAGUUCUGAGCAGAAGAGAGGGCCUGAGGUAACUUCACAAGGUGUACAGACUUCUGGGCCUGGAGGUAAACAAGAUAAAGAGGAUAAAGAGGAGAAGAAAGAUACUUCUGAGCAAGUUAGAAAAUCAACACUUAAUCCUAACGCAAAAGAGUUCAACCCUCGAUCUUUUGCUCAACCGAAACCUUCUACUACACCAACCUCCCCUCGUCCUCAAGCUCAACCUAGCCCCUCCAUGGUGGGCCAUCAGCAGCCAACCCCAGUGUACACUCAACCUGUUUGUUUUGCACCAAAUAUGAUGUACCCAGUUCCAGUGAGUCCAGGCGUGCAGCCUCUGUAUCCUAUUCCCAUGACACCCAUGCCAGUGAACCAAGCCAAGACAUAUAGAGCAGGUAAAGUACCAAAUAUGCCACAGCAACGGCAAGACCAACACCACCAGAGCACCAUGAUGCAUCCUGCUUCUGCAGCAGGCCCUCCAAUUGUAGCUACGCCACCUGCUUAUUCAACACAAUAUGUUGCAUAUAGCCCCCAACAGUUUCCUAAUCAGCCUCUUGUGCAGCAUGUGCCACACUACCAGUCUCAGCAUCCUCAUGUUUAUAGCCCUGUAAUACAGGGCAACGCUAGAAUGAUGGCACCACCAACACACGCACAGCCGGGUUUAGUAUCUUCUUCUGCAACACAGUAUGGUGCGCAUGAACAGACGCAUGCUAUGUAUGUUUCCACUGGCUCACUUGCUCAGCAGUAUGCCCACCCCAAUGCUACCCUGCAUCCGCAUCCUCCGCAUCCUCAGCCUUCUGCCACACCAACUGGCCAGCAGCAAAGCCAACAUGCUGGAAGCCACCCUGCUCCUAGCCCCGUGCAGCAUCAUCAGCACCAGGCUGCUCAGGCACUCCACCUGGCAAACCCACAGCAGCAGUCGGCAAUUUACCACGCAGGUCUAGCUCCAACCCCACCUUCCAUGACGCCAGGCUCCAACACGCAGUCUCCACAAAAUAGCUUUCCUACAGCACAACAAACAGUCUUCACCAUUCAUCCCUCCCAUGUUCAACCUGCAUAUACCAAUCCGCCACACAUGGCCCAUGUCCCCCAGGCUCAUGUACAGUCAGGAAUGGUUCCUUCUCACCCAACUGCCCAUGCUCCAAUGAUGCUAAUGACGACACAGCCACCUGGUGGUCCCCAAGCCGCCAUCGCUCAAAGUGCACUACAGCCCAUUCCAGUCUCGACAACAACACAUUUCCCCUAUAUGACGCACCCUUCAGGUGAGGAGUGUGUGCCCGGGAGACCUGCACCGUAACUGAGCCAGGUCGUGGGAGUGAGGAGAGUUAUUAUGAACCAGAUUGGGGGAGAAAAUUUUAAAAAAAAAAAAAAAAAAAAAAGGAAAAGAAAACAAAAAAGAGAAAACAAAAAUCUAACCAAAACCCAGACCAACUGAUGGUGAUGUCCUUGCAGACCGCUGAAGGCAGAGCGUUCCUGCGUUUUGCAUUUCUACUUUGCCAGCUCAAAUGUGAGCCUAGAAAAGCAGACAAGAUUUAGCUAAUUGUACAAGAUUGAGCUAAUGUGGCAAAGAUUUUGCUUCUCUCUAGCCAAAGUAGAGAAAUGGCUAACCAUGUGGAUGCUGUGGGACUGUGUUCUUCCAGGUUUUGCCGUGGUUUUACCAUGGGGGAUGGACUGUGUGUAGCCUGUUUCUAAUGAGCUUGGGGGAGGGGGGGGGUGGGGGUGUUUAUUCCAUUGAAAAGUGCUCGCUCUUGAGGGUAGGAAUGAAAAAUGUUGUGUGGGGGGCAGGGCUGUUAGACUUCAUGACAGCUGGAGUCUAAUCUUUAAUCCAGAAUAACAUUCUGCAGCUUGACUUUUUGGGAGAAGAAGGUGCUGUAUGACUGCUUUCUGCUUUAAAUUUAACCUUGCCCGGGUUUUGUUAUUAAUUCAUUUCCAAACAGCCUCUAAACUUUUUGUAGUGAUGUAGCUAACCUGAGCGUGUUUCUUGGGGGAAUGUGUGAGCAGAACCAGGCUGCUUUCUGAGGGUUUUAGGUACAGAGGAGAAAAAGAAAGCAAAAAGACAUCCAAAGGACAUCUUGAUGUGCAGGGUUUUGUUUUGUUCUCAAAAAAGAAAAGAAAAGAAAAGAAAAAUCUAAAGAAAAAUUGAAAAUACAAAAUAAAGACAAAGUUGAGCUGAGUAGUUGUCCUGUGACCACUUUACUAGCAAACUGUUGUGUGGCUUGCCAAUUUAUUAUUUACAUUUGAACUUUUUUUUUACAGUACAAGCCCACCACCAACAGCAGUUGUAAGGCUCAUCUGGAAUAACUGAAAGGCUGGAUACCUUUUGUAGGCCAAAUACCCUCCUUCUACUGCUUCUGCCAACUGGAAGCACAGAAAACUAGAAUUUCAUUUUAUUUUGUUUAAAAAAAAAAAGGAAAGAAAAAAUUGAUUUCUUGUAACAUCCACUAGGAAUGCUAACAGUUCAUCUUGCAGUGGGAGAGAUUCGGACUGAGUAGAGGCAUUUAGGAACUUGUGGGCUAUUCCAUAAUUCCAUGCACUGUAUCUGAGUCCUGCAAGUGCCCCAACUCUGCUUGCUGAAAACUGGAAGUUAUUUAUUUUUUAAUGACCCUUCAAAGUUACGAACUCAUCAGCUAGCAAAAGAAGUAACAAGAGUGAUUCUUGCUGCUAUUCUCACUAAAAAAAAACAAAACAAAAACAAAACCAACCAACAAACAAAACAAAAAAAUCAAGACUCGGAGAUCCCUUUUACUUCUAACUAAACUUGAAACAGGUUCAGUAAAAAAAAAAACCAAGAAAAAAAAGAAAAAAAAAAAAGAAAAAAAAGGAAAAAAAAAACCACAAGGGGGGGGGAGGGGAAAAGACAAAUUCUAAUCGUCAAACUGAUGAAUUAUUAUUUAUAAAUCACGUUUGAUGAGAUAAUCACUAUCGUGAGACAGUGAUGUAACUUUUAAGUUAAGAAAACUUUUACUUUGUAGAUAAUAUAAAAUAAAAACUUAAAAAAAAAAUUAAAAAAUAAAAAAAGUUUUAAAAACUGA